GUGUAGCGGCCCGCGGAUCACGCAGGCGCGGCUUUCAGGCCAACAUGGCCGUGCUGCUGCUGGUGCUCCGUGCCCUCCGCCGGGGUCCAGGCCCGGGUCUUCGGCGGCUGUGGGGCCCAGGCCCGGCCUGGAGUCCAGGGUUCCCCGCCAGGCCCGGGAGGGGGCGGCCGUACAUGGCCAGCAGGCCUCCGGGGGACCUCGCCGAGGGUGGAGGCCGAGCUCUGCAGAGCUUACAGUUGAGACUGCUAACCCCUACCUUUGAAGGGAUCAACGGAUUGUUGUUGAAGCAACAUUUAUUUCAGAAUCCAGUCAGACUCUGGCAACUUUUAGGUGGUACUCUCUAUUUUAACACCUCAAGGAUGAAGCAGAAGAAUAAGGAGAAGGAUAAGUCAAAGGGGAAGGCACCUGAAGAGGACGAAGAGGAGAGGAGACGCCGUGAGCGGGACGACCAGAUGUACCGAGAGCGGCUGCGCACCUUGCUGGUCAUCGCGGUUGUCAUGAGCCUCCUGAAUGCUCUCAGCACCAGCGGAGGCAGCAUUUCCUGGAACGACUUUGUCCACGAGAUGCUGGCCAAGGGCGAGGUGCAGCGCGUCCAGGUGGUGCCUGAGAGCGACGUGGUGGAAGUCUACCUGCACCCUGGAGCCGUGGUGUUUGGGCGGCCUCGACUAGCCUUGAUGUACCGAAUGCAGGUUGCAAAUAUUGACAAGUUUGAAGAGAAGCUUCGAGCAGCUGAAGAUGAGCUGAAUAUCGAGGCCAAGGACAGGAUCCCAGUUUCCUACAAGCGAACAGGAUUCUUUGGAAAUGCCCUGUACUCCGUGGGGAUGACGGCAGUGGGCCUGGCCAUCCUGUGGUAUGUUUUCCGUCUGGCCGGGAUGACUGGAAGGGAAGGUGGAUUCAGUGCUUUUAAUCAGCUUAAAAUGGCUCGUUUCACCAUUGUGGAUGGGAAGAUGGGGAAAGGAGUCAGCUUCAAAGACGUGGCAGGAAUGCACGAAGCCAAACUGGAAGUCCGCGAGUUUGUGGAUUAUCUGAAGAGCCCAGAACGCUUCCUCCAGCUUGGCGCCAAGGUCCCGAAGGGCGCACUGCUGCUCGGCCCCCCCGGCUGUGGGAAGACGCUGCUGGCCAAGGCGGUGGCCACGGAGGCUCAGGUGCCCUUCCUGGCGAUGGCCGGCCCAGAGUUCGUGGAGGUCAUUGGAGGCCUCGGCGCUGCCCGUGUGCGGAGCCUCUUUAAGGAAGCCCGAGCCCGGGCCCCCUGCAUCGUCUACAUCGAUGAGAUCGACGCAGUGGGCAAGAAGCGCUCCACCACCAUGUCCGGCUUCUCCAACACGGAGGAGGAGCAGACGCUCAACCAGCUUCUGGUAGAAAUGGACGGUGCCUCUCUUGACCAGCUACCCUCCCAGGGGACCAUGAGGAAGCUCAGAGGAGAGACCCCCGCCUGCUCCUGUCUCACGGAGCCCACAGGGUCACGGAGGGCAAUGGAGGGUCGUUCGCUCUGCUGGGGUUGCCUUUUGCACUGAAGACAGACACCACCUUUUUGAGUGACUUGAGCCCAAAGGCAAGCGUAUAUCAAACGAUCUUCUCCACAUAACCUCUCUGUGCCAUCAUAAGAAUAGCUGCUUCCACCCCCGGAUUUGCUCAGGCCUGGGAAUCCGCUGACUGAAGGCCUCUUGUUGAGUGCCAGCUCUACACAAGUCCCUUUAUGCAGAGCCACAGCUGUGCAUGCUCAGCCCUGCCGAGGUCCCAGGCCAGGCUUUGUUGCUUCCGUUCAUGGAAGUGCACAGGAUGGGGCUGACGCUGUGCCGGUCGUGGGAAAAUCUCACUGGGGAAGAGAAAAGUCCCAGCCUUGUUGGUUACGUCAGCCGGUCCAUGGCGGUGUCCUGCGGAUCCCGGAGCCCCCUGGGAAGGGCGCAAGUCAAAGAGCACUGGAGGCACCACCAGCGAUGGACGUCCAGGUCCCGGCUCCUGUGCUGGAAAGCAUUGAUGGGGAGCGUCAGCGCUGACCACACGCGGGAGCUGCGGAUGCCCAGCGGUUCACAAAGGCCUGCCUUCAACGUAGUCAUCCCCUGGUGAUGGAAGCAAGACGACAGCCCCUGACGUGCAGCCACACACAGAAAAGGCUGCUGUGAACAUUUUAUGCUUCGACUUUUUUUUUCUUCAGAGACAGGGUGUCGUUCUGUCACCCAGGCUGGAGUGCAGUGCCACCAUCAUAGCUCACUGCAGCCUCCACCUCCUAGGCUCAAGCAGCCAUCCUGCCUCAGCUUCCUAAGUAGUUGGGACUCAAGGCUUGAGUCACCAUGCCAGGCUCUGUUUUUUCAGUCUGUGAAAAAUAAAGUCAUCAGCAUGUGAGCUUGGCAGUGCUUGCCGUGAGCUCUUUCAGGUCCAGGCUCCCAGUGUCUGGGCAGUGAAUGAGGUCCUGGGAAGCCGGGGUCCUAGUCCUGGUCCCAGUGUGACCCGGGGACACCCCUACCUCUGUCCUUAAUGUGGCAGUAAAUGUAUGAAGCACGCUCUGCCCUGGGAGCCGUGGACUGCCUGCCAGGUGGGUAGAUGGGCGCUGGCAGAGGGGGAAGCUGAGGCCCAGCAGGAGCCGGCCGUCUGACUCACAACUCACGCCCGCCGACUGCCCCUGUACUCUCCUGGGGGUUGCGAGCACUGCCGAGCCCUGGGUGACGCUGGUGUGGCCAGGCUGGAGCGCAGAGAACCGCACUUGGGGUUCAGAGUGUGUUCUCCCACUCAGAAGCGUCGGCUCUGCCGGGAGCGGGAUGGGGAUGCAGCUUUCUUCCCCAUUUUAGACCUCAGGUUGGAAGGGCGCACUCAGGUGGUAGCAGCCGCUUCGGGUUGGGCGUCUUGUGCUGUCCUGGUGCGUUGAGACAUCCCUCAAAGAAAGCACGAGUACCCUGCACACCCACAUAGCCAGGGCAUCCACUGUCACCACUCGAUGUGGAAGUCCUGUUGGUAAAAUCUUGACAAGAGCCAUUUAGAGAGCACGGGGGGAAAUUCUCCCAGGUCCAAGCAGAAUGGACAGUGAGCCUGGGGGACGGAUGAACAGGAGGAGGCCUGGGCUUCUGGGCUCCGCAGGCAGGGAGGGGCCGGCAGUGUGGCUUAUUCCCCGGGUGGACAAGGAGGCCUGGGCUUCUGGGCUCCGCAGGCGGGGAGGGGCCGGCAGUAUGGCUUAUUCCCACUUGAGUCAGCUCUUGAGCACUUGCUCGUGGCCCAGAGGUGAUGCUGCUGUUUGUGCCCUCUGUCCUCUCAGAGGAAGUGGGUGCUGGUUCAGGGAUCUCAGGCUCUGAGCGGGAGUGUGGGGUCAGGUCUAGCUUCUGUCCGUGGCUUGCUCCCUGUGGUGCUGCCUCUGCCUGCCCUGCCGUCCUCCACAUGCGUCUCCAACGGGGAAUGGAAGGAGCCUCUGACCCAAAAACAUCCCCCAAACUGUCAGGUCCUGCAGCAAGUUGAGGGCCUCUCAGGGGUCCUGUCUGGGGCCCUGUGGGAAGUGAGGCUGUGGCAGCCGGUCCUUUAUCCUGAGUUUGGUUGCUUGUUUUUUUGGACAAUGUCUUAGGUCCCAGCGAUGGUGGACCAGCAGGCAGCCCCGAACACUGAGGAUACUGUGGGAAACCCAGGCAGGAGCUAAGGGGUGGGAGCUCAGGGCUGGGGGGUGCAGAUCUCGAGGCCCGAGGGGCCAUUUUCCCAGUGGGCGUCUUGACUGAGUUCUGAGUGUUUUCCAGGGCUCUGAACACAGCCCUUUUUUGGACGUGUGGUUUACGCACUCUCUCUGUGUCCCUUGUCCUUUCACCCUCUAACGGGGAACAGGAAAAGCUGCUCAUUUUGAUAAAGUUCAGUUUAUCAAUUUUUGCUUUUAUAGAUCUCGUUUUUACUGUGAAGUCUAAGAACUGUUUGCCCGCCAGGCAUGGUGGAUCACCUGAAGUCAGGAGUUCAAGACCAGCCUGGCCAAUAUGGAGAAACCCCAUCUGUACUAAAAAUACAAAGUUAGCCGGGUGUGGUGGCGUGUACCUGUAAUCCCAGCUACUCGGGAGGCUGAGGCAGGAGAAUCACUUGAACCCGGGAGGCGGAGGUUGCAGUGAGCCAAGAUCACACCAUUGCACUCCAGCCUGGGCAAAGAAGAGCGAAACUCCUUCUCAAACAAACAAAUAAAAGAACUGUUUGCCUAUUCCUAGAUCCUAAAGAUUUUCUCCUGUGGGUUUCUUUUUUCUUUUCUUUGAGACAGAGUCUUGCUGUGUCACCCAGGCUGGAGUGCAGUGGUGCGAUCAUGGGUCACUGCAGCCUCAGCCUCUGGGACUCAAGCCAUCCUCCCAUCUCAGCCUCCGGAGUACCUGGGACCACAGGUGUGUGCACCAACAUGCCUGGCUAAUUUAAAAAGAAUUUUUUGUGUGGAGUUGGGGGUCUCACCUUGUUGCCCAGCCUGCUCUUGAACUCCUGGGCUCAAAUGAUCUUUUCACCUCAGCUCCUCAAAGUGUGGGGAAUACAGGUGUGAGCCCCCAUGCCUGGCCUCUCAUGGGUUUCUUAUAGAAGUUUUAGAUUUAAUUCAUGAUCUUAUUUUAAGUUAACAUCUACAUGAAGUGGGAGGUUUGGUCAGUUUCAUUUUCUGCCUGUGGAAAAGUGCUCCAGCCCCACUGGUCUGAAAUGCUGUCUUCUUUCCACCAAGUUGUGCUUGCACCUUUGCCGGAGCUCAGGUGGAUGUGGGGGUCUGUGCUGGCUCUGUGAGUCUGUCCUUCCGCACACAACUGGUCUCUCGCUUCUGUGAGACGAGAGCAGGUGGAGUGAUUCCUCCUACUUUGUUCUUUACCAGAAUUGUUUCAGCUAUUCCUUUGCCUUUUCCUAUAAUUUUUAGAACACGCUUGUUCCUAUCUACCAAAGUGUCUUGCUGAGAUUUUGAUAGGAACACACACCUCGUAGGAGAGCUAGAGUGAAGAGCAGUGACCGGCCCAGAUCUGGGCCACACCUGUGAUUCCAGCACUUUGCGGGUCUGAGUUGGAAGCGUUACUUUAGCCCGGGAGUUUGAAACCAGCCUCAGCAACAUAGUGAGAUUCUGUCUCUAAAAAAAUAACAAAAAUUAGCUGGCAGUGGUGGUGCGCACCUGUAGUCUUGGCUGCUCAGAAGAUUGAGGUGGGAGGAUCACUUGAGCCUGGCAGUUCGAGGCUACAGGGAGCUGUGGUCACCCCAGUGCACUCCAGCCUGGGCAACAGGGCGAGACCCCAUCUCAAAAACAAAAUAAAACUCAAAAAACAGUGACAACACCACACGCUGAUGAGGAUGCAAAGAAACCAGAUCCCUUGUACGCUGCUGAUGGGGGUGUGACGUGGUGCAGCCUCACUGGGAAACAGUUUGGCAGUUUCUUAAAAAACUAAACGUGUGCUAACCAUAUGACCCCGUGUCCACAUGCGCUCACCACAUGACCCCGUGUGCACCCUCCUGGGUGCUCAUCCCAGGAAAGCAAAGACUUAGGCUCACACGAAAUGCCUGGGCGCCGACGCUCAUUUACCUGUAAUAGCUAAAAACUGGAAGCGACCCAGGUGCCAUUCAGUGGCUGAGAGCUGAAAUUGGUGUAUCCUUAUCACGGUGUUCUACGCAGAAAUAGAAGAGCUGAAACUGGUGUAUCCUUAUCACGGCGUUCUACGCGGAAAUAGAAGAGCUGAAACUGGUGUAUCCUUAUCACGGCGUUCUACGCGGAAAUAGAAGAGCUGAAACUGGUGUAUCCUUAUCACGGCGUUCUACGCGGAAAUAGAAGAGCUGAAACUGGUGUAUCCUUAUCACGGCGUUCUACGCGGAAAUAGAAGAGCUGAAACUGGUGUAUCCUUAUCACGGCGUUCUACGCGGAAAUAGAAGAGCUGAAACUGGUGUAUCCUUAUCACGGCGUUCUACGUGGAAAUAGAAGAGCUGAAACUGGUGUAUCCUUAUCACGGCGUUCUACGCAGCGAAUAGAAGAGCUGAAACUGGUGUAUCCUUAUCAUGGUGUUCUACGCAGCAGUAGAAGGAAACUUUCUUCCUGCAGCAACAAGGAAAUGACGCCAAGUGAGAAGAGCCAGGCUUAGUAUCAUAUGACUCCACUUGUACGAAAUUGUCAAAAUAACAAAAUUCUGGGGAUGGAGAAUGGGUUACUGGUUGUCAGCAGUUAGGGGAGGUCUCCAGGGAGGAGGGAUGCCUCUGGGGAGGGCGGUUCUGUGUCUUGAGGGGAGAUGCUGGUUACAUGAACGUGCGUGUGACACAGGUGUCCAUCUGUGGAGCACACACACAGGUGAGAGCACAUAGGAGUGGGGGCGUCUGAGCGGGGGCCUGGCGUUUCCAUGUCAGUCUCCUGGCUUUGCCUUUGUUUUGCAGCUACUGAACGCGCAGCUGCUGGGGGACCAGGGCCAAAGGGACUGCUCUGUGCUGUUUUUGCAGUUUGUUGUGUGUCUGUUACCGUCAGAAUACAAAACUUAAAAAGUCACACCAGGGAUCCAGUCCCAGGAAGUCCGUAUCCUGAAACCGCAUGUCCCUGACACAUAGCUGCCCAGGGGGAGCAUGUGUCCAGUCCCAGGAAGUCCGUAUCCUGAAACCACAUGUCCCUGACACAUAGCGGCCCAGUGGGGAGCACGUGCCCUGCAGGGUGGCCGCCCUGACACAUAGCGGCCCGGUGGGGAGCACGUGCCCCGCAGGGUGUCCAUCCUGACACAUAGCGGCCCGGUGGGAGCACGUGCCCCGCAGGGUGUCCAUCCUGACACAUAGCGGCCCGGUGGGAGCACGUGCCCCGCAGGGUGUCCAUCCUGACACAUAGCGGCCCGGUGGGGAGCACGUGCCCCGCAGGGUGUCCAUCCUGACACAUAGCGGCCCGGUGGGGAGCACGUGCCCCGCAGGGUGUCCAUCCUGACACAUAGCGGCCCGGCGGGAGCACGUGCCCCGCAGGGUGGCCGGGCUCUGCUGAAGGGCGAGCUGUGCUUGAACCCGGCGCCGCCCCUUCUAGGAGCUCGCACUGCACCUCUUUGGCCUGGCUGCUGUUUUUCUUUGAGACCGGUGUUCCUAUUACUUUUCCCAUUUUUUUCACUGUUUAUACAAUCUUUCAGAAUUCUGUAUCCACAGCCCUGGCCUCUGCAAGGAAGGCACUCCACGACACUGAGCAGUAAGCCUUGGCAGGCCUUCCAGACAGCUCUGGAGGGGCCAGCUUGCGUCCCAGUCCCCACCCUCCCCAGCCUCUUGUUCCUUGUGUUAUAGUGAGACAAGGCACUUGUGCUUCUGCUGCCUGUUUUUGUUUCUGAGUUUAUGUUAAAAGUCACCGUGAUUUUAAGGCACUGUCUUUGCCUUGGCGAGGUGGUUCUCUUCUGUGAUCUCCCUUGUAGAAAUGUGACUGGGACUCAGCAUCCCAGCUUAUCACAUUCUGAUGUGUGGAACCAGGGAGAAUGGUUGUGUCUUUCAAAGUUCCUUUGAAAUUCGGGAGCGAUUUGCUUGGGAGUGGGGUGUGGUUUGGACUGAGCUGCUGUCCAUACCUGGCGGCUACGGCUUUGUGGGGCUCAGGACAGUGGCCCUGGAGAAGCUGGUCAGGCCCCUCAGCCUCCUCAGAGCGUUCAAGGUCCUGUCCUAAGAACAUGGGGUUGCUGGAGACAGGGUCUCACUCCAUUGCCCAGGCUGGAGUAUAGGGGCAUGAUCAUAGCUCACUGCAGCCUUCACCUCCUAGGCCCACAUGGUCCUCCCACCUUGGCUUCCCAACGUGCUGGGAUUAUUAAGGGUUUCUUACAUUAGUCAUGGUAGAAGAUCCUGCUCUUUCAUCAUUAGUCGUGGUAGAUCCUGUUCUUUUUUU